AUGCGGAUACCGAAUCGUUCUCCCCCGAUCUUGAGGAUCGCCAACGGCUCCUUCUACCGCCACCAUCCCAACACUCACACGACGCAGCCGAACCCGCCUCUCUUCACCGACCUGAACCUCGAGCUGCCCUCCUUUGCCGAGAAAAAGAGCCAUUGGUGCAUCGUCGGGCCCUCGCUCUCGGGGAAGACGACGCUAUUGCAGGUUCUCAGGGGACAGCACCUUGCGAUCCCGCCCACGGCGCGUACGUACCCGUACCUCUCCACCGAUGAAGUUCCCGCACGUCUACGGAGCGCGAACAAAGCGAUACAGUACGUCGGCUUUGACGGCGACAACGGGCUGGGUGCCAGCCAUACCACGAGCGCGUACCUCGCCGCGCGGUACGAGUCGAGGAGGGAGAAAACGGAUUUCUCGCUGAGGGACUAUCUUCUCGGCAACACGGAGCUGAACCCGCUGGAAACGCUUCCCGGUGAGGAGGACCUGAUACCCCGGGCGCUCGUGGAGAGGGUCGUUGCGGACCUGAGGCUGGAGCCGCUGCUGGAUCUACCCGUCGCGUUCCUGAGCAACGGGCAGGGGAGGCGGGCGCGCAUCGCGAGGGCGCUGCUGGCGACGCCCGAGAUGCUACUGCUAGACGAGCCGUUUGUGGGGCUCGAUCCGCCGACGGUGGCGUCGCUGAGCCCCGUAUUGAGGGUGCUGGCUGAGCGGGCGAGCCCGCGGCUCGUACUCAGUGCGCGGCCGCAGGAUCCGUUGCCCGAGUGGAUCACACAUCUGAUUUAUUUGCGCAGUGACUGCCAGAUUGGUUCGAUGGGUCCCAAGACCGAGGUGCUGGAGGGGCUCAGGAAGUAUGUUCGGGGUGUUUGGAAGGGCGGGCUGAAGGAGGACGAGAGGCUUCCUGUGCACUCGCUCAUGGAGAUGGGCAAGGUUUUGACAGCCAAGGGCGUGGAAGGGGACGGGCUUGUGGCGGCGAGCGAGAAGGAUCUGCAUGCUGCUAAGUCUGCCGCUUCUACUAAAUUGUCGACUGCGGAGACGGCUGUUGGUGAGCCGUUGGUUGAGAUGGAUGGCUGUCAAGUGAGGUAUGGAAGCAAGAUUGCGCUGGGCAACUGGUCUCAGGACACGCCGUCUGGGCCCAAGGACGGGUUGAUAUGGACUGUCCGGAGAGGAGAGCGAUGGGGCGUGUUUGGUCCAAACGGGUCGGGCAAGACCACUGUCGUCUCGCUUCUAUGCUCCGACCACCCUCAGACGUAUUCUCUUCCCAUUAAGCUAUUCGGCAGAAGCAGACUACCCGAACCUGGUUCUGGCCAACGACCUGUCACGUUCUGGGACAUACAGUCACGCAUUGGACACUCGAGUCCGGAGGUUCAUCAGCACAUGCCCCGCGGCCUGACUGUUCGACAAGUCCUGGAGAACGCCUGGGCAGAUACGUUCAAAGGCAUCCCUGUCCUCGACGACGAAGCACGCGGCAAAGUCGAGGCGACGUUGCAAUGGUUCACGUCGGAGCUCAACCCGGGAUAUCAAAAGGCUUCCUCUACCACCGCAAGUGGCAGCAGCAGCAAUGAUCUCUCCUGGUCAGACAACUACCUCUUUGGCGGCCUAUCCUUUAGCGCCCAGCGGAUCGCGCUGUUGCUGCGGGCUGUCAUCAAGAACGCUGACGUGGUGGUGCUCGACGAGGCUUUCAGCGGCAUGGACGACGCGGUGCGGGACAAGUGUAUGCUCUUUCUCGCUUGGGGGGAAGAGAAGGCAUACAGCGGGGAGCGCAUCGUGGACAGCGAGGUCGCCAAGACGGGCCGAGUGAGGGUCAAGGGUCUGAGUGACCGGCAGGCGUUGAUCUGCAUCAGCCACAUCAAAGAGGAGGUGCCGGAUUGCGUGCGGGAAUGGAUCUGCCUGCCUGAGGCCAACGAAGGGUUGCCAGCGCGGUUUGGACGGUUUGAUGGGCCGUUGAGGACGGAUGAGAAGCGGUGGAGGGCGCUCUGGGGCGUGUGA